CAGUAUUUUCCUAACAAGCAAAAUGCCGAGCCUUGUUCCGCCAUGAAAGGUCUCCGUAAUAAUUACGGAAACCUUUCAUGUAAUCUCCUUCAUCAUCUGUCCCAUACACAAUCAAAAAUAAACUUUUACAUGUCAAUGAUGCAUCGAAUUCCAAUCGUGUUAAUUUUCUGUACCUCACUUUUUCUCAGAUUGCUCCCAGGAUUAGUUAGAGCUGCAAUUGUUACACUUGAUUCGAUUGAAAUAUAUAAGAAACAUGAAAUCUUCGGAUCAAAACCAACAGUAUUUUUUCGGUGUAAGGGGGAAAACUGGACAAUUCUGCCAGAUGUGAAGAAAAAACAUGUUUUGUAUAUAUUCAAGGGCGAAGAGUCUUGGCAGCCUUUGACAGAGCUUACAGAUAAAAAGUGCAAACGAUGCGGGAUCUAUGAGAAGGACACGAUAAAGCCUGACGAUACGUUUGAUGAAUGGGAGUUAUGUCCUUCUGAUUUCACUAGUCCUCAUGGGAAGUAUAGUCAUUACAUAAAGAAAGAGUUCAAAGCCACAUUUUUGUGUCCAGAGUGUAUCCACCAUCGCGAUGCUUCACAUCACUCAUCUGGCUCACAAAAAGGCGGAAAGAGAUCAAUGCACUGGGCUUUCAUGCUUCUCAUCGGUGCUUCAGUGUUGAUUGUUUUAGUUAUUGGAGCAGUUAUUACCUACAAAUGUUGGAAGCAAAAAAAGAGGCAGAACGAGCAAGCUCGUUUCUUGAAGCUGUUUGAAGAGGACGAUGACAUAGAUGACGAACUAGGCAUUGGGCCACUUAGUCAUGUUAUUUAGGAAACUAGUACUAUCAUUUUUCACGUCUCAACAUAUGCGUACAUGCUUGACGUAGUUGUAUAGUAGAACUUAAAUG